AUGUUCUCUGCAUAUUAUGCCUUUGUGCGUCUUUCCGCUUCUUUACCACUUUUCUUUUUUCACAGCCUCCAAGGUACUUUGGCGUUGCGUACAAAGUAUAAUUCUUCGUUCUAUGGCAGUUUCAAACUGUGCGCUGUGGCAAUGCCGUCUUCUCUCGUUUCGGUGUCGUGUUUGUCAUCAUUUCGCCUUCGAGGUUUCCUGGUCUAUGGCCAUUUAUACUUUGAGUUUCCAGCACCCACCAACUCAACGCGGUGCCGGUCAUGGAAAAGCUCUCCCCUCGUUUACCUCAUCCCACUAGGACUCGAAGUCACGCAUGCCCGCGCCCUGUUGGCAAAAAACGGGAAUUCCCGUGAUUUUGCGAUGCUAAAGGCGGGGAUAAGAGCCCAGGAGCCCGAAUUCGUCCGAGAAAAAAACGUACGAUUCGUAAAUAGUUAUUUUUACGUGCCAGGUGCGAUAGUAAUUGUUAUUUAUGUAAGCACUGCAAGCCUAGAAGGUGCGCUACGAAAGUGCUGGCGGCGUGCCAGCGGCGAAUAUGUUUCGACCGCGCGGCGCUUGAGACAACUCGUAUCGCUGGCGUACAAGUGCAGGGACGUCGCAGGUAAGCGCGAAAGUUCGCUUCUUACGAGUGGGGCCAUGACACUGGUUUUUAAGUCCGGGAAGACCAGACCUCUCACCCUGCCCAAGGCGUGCGGCGCGGCCGCGUCGUGGCGCACUCGGCGCUAG